AUGAUUAGCUUGAAACAAGGCUAUAAGAGAAAUCGCCCUCGUCAGAGCGAAUCACUGCGUCUACAGAUUCUUCAGUGGAAUUCUGGAGGGAUGUCACAGGAAAAAAAGAUCCAAGUCCAGAAAAUCCUACAAAACUAUGAUGUAGACAUUUUCACAAUUAUGGAAGCUAACAUUUCGGAUGACAAACUGAAUUACUACCCAUUCCCAGGUUACACCCUGUACCUUCUACCUAAUUACCGGCAAGUUGCAAGUGGAAUUCUGACUCGAGUAAAAGAAGGCCUCACCUCACCUUACGAUCUAAUCAAGAGUAUAAGCUCGACGCAAGACAUAUGCACAAUAAUCAGAUUGAAUGCUUGGAAAUGGCAAAAGCACUUCAAGAUAUAUGCAGUCUAUAAUCCACCCCAGAAUUGUCCCAACUUUGAUUUUCUGAACAUCUCACACCAAACUGUAGUAUUAGGAGACUUCAACGCCCAUUCCACCAGAUGGGGUUACAAGGAUACAAACAUAGCUGGAAAGGAAAUUGAAGACAUGCAAAACAGCAACCCUCUGGAACUUAUUUAA